UAUGUUACUCAAAAGCUUACAGUUGACAUUAAGUAACUUGCGAAAUAUUUCCCAUGCGAUUGAUGUUAAAUCUUGUUUAAUCGUUCCAUGCAAAAAAUAUGCUAGAUUUGCUCCGAGAAUGUAUACAGAUAUUGAGAAUGCAGAUGAACUUUUUGACAUUGAAGAAAAUACAACUCCUCCAAUUCUAGAAGUACAAAAAAAGCCUCGUUCAAAAAAAUCUAAAGCUAUAGAUGCUAAGCAACGAGAAGAAGCAAGCUGGAGUGACGACGUCAAAGAAGCACCUAAGAAGGAAAGAAAUUUAAUCAGUACAAAAAUAUAUAAUAAUGAAAAGAUAAUCACAUCAUUAAUGAUGAGUAUAAAAACCAAAAAACAAAAAAAUAAAAAAAAUCGGAUAAUCAUAGAGGGUACGAGAUUAAUCGAAGAAGGCAUUAAAGUUGGACUAGUUCCAGAGAUAAUCAUUUUUAGUAGGUAUGAAGAUAUUCAAAAUUUACCUAUUAAAAAGAAUGAAACACAAUUUUAUAAGGUUCCAUAUAGAGUAAUUCAAUUAUGGUCAACUUUAACGACUACUCCAGGUGUAAUGGCAAUUUUUGAAAAACCAAAUGCUGUUGAGGUAACGUCCACAUCUUUGCCAAUUACUAUUAUUUGCGAUAAUAUUCGCGACCCAAGAAAUAUGGGCGCCAUUUUACGUGCAGCGGCUGGAGCUGGUUGUGAAAAAGUAUUAUUAUCCAAAGGAUGUGUCGACUUUUGGGAUGCUAAAGUUUUGCGAGCAGCAGCGGGUGCUCAGUUUCGAAUACCAAUUUUUGGUGCACAAACCUGGGAUGACAUUAAAUCAUCGAUAAGCACAGAUGCUAAUGUUUUCAUUGCCGAUAGUAAUGUCAAUCCUUUUAAAAGAAUUGAAGAAGAGACAAUUGUAAAACCUAUCAUUCAUGAGAAAAAGAAGAAACAUGAAAUACUGGAGAAGCUAAAUGAGUUAGAGGUUGUUCCUUAUUAUACCGCAGACUAUACAAAAAAUGAAAUAGUUUUAAUUGUUGGUGGUGAAACAGAAGGAUUAAGUAUCGAUUCCGUAGAAUUGACAAAAAGUAGAAAUGGAGUGCGAGUAAAUAUUCCUUUAAAUAAUAAUAUUGAUAGUUUAAAUGCAGGAAUGGCUGUAGGUAUUAUAGUUUUCGAAGUUAAAAAACAGUUUUCCAUUAGAGUGAAGGAUUUGCUUCAAUAAUUUACAGACACUGUCAUUAUAUAAGAUCCGAAGCUGAUCGAAUAGAA